UGACCGACCAUCGCAACACUUCCAAGGCCCGCCUGUAGUUGAAGGCCGGCUAGCUAGCUAGUACUAUGGAGGCGCCUUUUUCAUUCCCAUCACCUUGCCGAGAUGACACCAGAAGGGUCGGCACGAAGUUAUCCACUCUACAUAAUGUCAAAAAGCAUCGCGAAGCCCAAUCUUUCUUUCAUCUCCUUUCCAAGCCCUUCUGGUUUGGUCACCUUUGUCUCUGAUAUGUACCGCUACCGGUACCUUCCUCACACUCCAAACACAAAAUACAAAAAUCCGGAAGAGACAAACUAAAACUAAUAACGCUUGCUACCUGAUAGAUAUCUACGAUACAACCAUGAAGUCCCUCUCCAUUGUUUUAAUGGGUGCUCUUCUCGCCUUCAUGACGUACCAGUUGGGUCUGUUGGAGCGUCCUGAAUUCAAGCACCACAAGAGCUUCCUGAAUGGUCAAGAACUUCAUGCCAUUGUUGCCACCACUACCGGUAAUAUUGGUCAACAAGUGGAACGGCUUGUGGUCGGAACUAAAAAGGGCGUGGGUGCCCUUGGCGACAAGGGUACUGCCAUGAUGGCAGCAGCUUCCAAGGCGUACGGAGUGGAUCAGGAAGCUAUCCCCGCCAUCAGCACGGGCUUGUACUUUGACGAUCCUUUUUCCAUGGAACAUCCUCGAUGGGCCAUUGGCUGGGCCGUGGCGGGGCCGUCCAUUGAAGAGCUAAAGGCACUGUUGCCAGUUGUUCAAGAAGCGUCAGGGCUAGAAUCCAAUGAGAUUCGCGUUGUGCGAAUUGGUGGCAGCGGCACCGAAAUAAUCACCGUUCGAAUUCCUUGGCGAAACUACUUCACCCCCAUGAUUGCCCCUAUGCUUCACUGGGGGAGAGGAUUUCAAGUCUACGAGAAGUAUAUCGAAGAGAAUAAGGAGGCUGACAAGGGAGUCACUCCAAUUGCAUUGGAAGUCUAUGUCCACGAAGGAGACGGUAGCACCAGGGAGUUUAUCGAUUACACGGUUCUGUUUGGCGAGGUGUCCAACACAUGGGAAGAUACCUUCCCGGAAGCGGGCGACAAUGAGACCGAAGAGGGCGGCGAUACCACAAAGACGGAGUAGAUAGAUCUUGGCGCUGCAAUUGAUUCUAAGGAUACCGUUCCUGCAGGCGAGGACAUACGUGUUUCUGACUAUGCAUACAAUGAACUAACAUUCAAAGAAGACCCGAUGGAUCCGAAUAGGAGCGAGGGUGAAGCCUUUAAACCAUGUAGCCCUAAUAAUAUGUCGCUCGCUCUG